AUGGGCAACUGCAUCCUGGUGAGCCCCAGCAUCCUGGAGAGCGAAAACUCCCUGGACCUGCUGGACAUCAUGGGCAACCUCUCCUAUGAUGACAGCAACAUGACCUCCCUGGACUACGAUGCCGCGCCCUGCCACAAUCAGUACUGUCCCCUCUUCCAGCGCGUGGCUCCCACCUUCCUGGCCGUCACCUGCGCUGCGGCCACCCUGGGCACUGGGGCGCUGCUGAUGGCACUGGCCAAGCGGCCCCACGCCUGGGGCUGGCCCCAGAGCCGAGCACUGGUGGCCCAGCUGGCAGUGGGGACAGGUCUCUUCGCCGCCCUGCUGCCGCCGGUGGCGGUGGGCAUCAGGCAGGGCUGGUGGCUGGGCACAGGGCUGUGCAGGCUCACCUACCUGCUCUGGUACUGGAGCCUCUUCACGCAGGGGCUGCUGGUGGGCAGCAGCUCCUGCAGCACUGUCUGGUGCCGCUGGGACCGCCGGAGCCGGCGGGGGCGGGGGGGGGCGGGCGGCUGGCCGUGGCUGUCAUACCUGCUGCACCUCGCCCUCUGCCUCUGCCUCUUCCUGCUGCUGCCAGUGGUGCUGCUGGCGGCCACGCUGGUCAUGCCACAGCUGAGGGUGGGCUGGGAGGCAGGUGUUGGUGCGAGCUGGCUCUUCUUUGGGCUCUGGGUCCCUUAUGGUGUGGGGCUGGCCGUGGAUUUCCUCCUGCACACCCAGCUGCUGCAGCCCACCUGCGGCACCUUCGAGCACUUUGACUAUGUGCUGGGGCUGAGCGAGGGGCUGGGAGUGCUGCACUGCUGCCUGGGGCCCGCAGCGCUGCUCGCCGCCCGGCUCUGCCGCUGCAGGGCAGGUGCCAGCAGCAGCUGCUGA